AUGGACUAUUCUAUGCUGAACGAAGCUGAACGAGCACAUAUUCAGCGCCUUAUUGAACAGAAACAAAUACGCGAUGUUAUGAGAUUCUAUUCUGGACUAGUGGAACGAUGUUUCAAUGAUUGUGUAAACGAUUUUACGUCCAAAGUAUUGAACUCGAAAGAGUCGUUAUGGAAUGAUAACAUUGAUCCUAUAUAUAGGAGACGUGUGUUCUUCGCUGCACUGAAAAGUUCAUCAAAUAUAACGAACGAGUUGGACAACGGUGGGCCGAAAUGA